AUGGUGGCUACGGUGAGCCCACUCCGGUGGUUGGAGAUCGUGACGGAGGAGAGAGAGUCCUCCAGAUCCACUUUCUCUCUCCUCCACGAAUAUGAGUUCUUGUUUCCUUUCUGUUCAGCACCCAACCUCCAGAUCGUGACGGAGGCAAGGUUUGAAUUGUUGAAAUGGUUGCAGGGCUUCAACUAUGGAGGCUCACCAAGACCCAGAUUCUCUUUCACCACUAAAGACACAGCCAAAGGCAUUCGCAUUCAACCCAUUAAAGCCAAAGCAGCAACCACCGAGGCCUCUCCGUUUCCUCUGCUUCAGUCUCCCCGAGCUGAAGACUCUCCCUCUGAGUUGGAGCCAGCAGAUCCUGAUUUCUACAAGAUAGGGUUUGUUAGAAGUAUGAGAGCUUAUGGAAUUGAAUUUAAAGAAGGCCCAGAUGGGUUUGGAGUUUAUGCUUCCAAGGAUGUUGAACCACUUUGCCGUGCUAGGGUGAUAAUGGAAAUACCACUAGAACUGAUGUUAACUAUAAGCCAAAAGCUCCCAUGGAUGUUUUUCCCAGAUAUAGUACCGGUGGGUCACCCAAUAUUUGAUAUCAUCAAUUCAACUGAUCCAGAGACAGGUUGGGAUCUAAGGUUAGCUUGCCUUCUUUUGUAUGCAUUUGAUUGGGAGGAUAACUUUUGGCAGUUGUAUAGUGAUUUUUUACCCAGUGCAGAUGAGUGCCCCAGUCUGCUUUUAGCUAGCGAGAGGUUUUAUGGCUUCGCCAUCUACUUGGCUUCUGGAUUGACUUGUACACUCCUGUCGAUGCUUGUUUUCUUCCAUCCAAUCAAGUUUGCAAUACAUUUACACUUGCGAAUCUGCUUUCACUUGGCAGGUUUGUGUAUAUCUGCUUCUCAUGAGAUCUAUGAUGUUGUUGGCUAAAAACAGCAGUUUCACAUUUUUUGUUUAGCUGGACUUUUGAAAGCAAUUUUUCGAGUUUGUGUUUCUUUUCACUAUCUUAUUUUUGCUAAUUGUGUCUGUUCAUCUUCUUCAUCUCUGAGCCUCCAGGUAUCUCUCUCACCCUCCCCGUCUUCUCCUCCUCAUCUUCUUCUCUUCUUCUUCUUCUCCUUUAUAUUUGAAUAUUCCUUUUUUUUUUUGAAGUUUCUGAUCUUCACUUCUUCAUCAGUUCUUCGGCGGCUCGGCCCUUGAGGCUUGAUCGGUUGCUGCCUUGCUGGGUUAUUCACUCCAGUCACUCCACCGAAUCUAGGAUGUUAAAGAGGAAUUGUGUGAAUCAGAGGGCCACAAAUGAAAGCUUGAAGAGAAUAAAGUUUGUAAUUGUCUCUUUGACUGGAUGGGGUGCACUUAUCUUUAGUGGAUACAAGUUUUUCACCGGAGGCAAAGGCAAGAAGGAAGAGGGCUUUCAGAGGGUAAACAAAAGGAUGUACUUAAAGCUGCUGGUGCAUUGUUUUCAUUUGUAAGGUUUAGGCAGGGUUAAUGUGCAUCACAUUUAUGUACAAGUAUAAGUUUAUGGUUAGGGUUAAUGUUGGGAUAGAAUGACUGUUGGAUAUAAGGAUGAAUGUAUCAAAUCUUUACAUAAAUGAAUGUGUUUUUGGAUGUGUUGUCA